CAAACCAGCCUGACAUUUCUGGUUAAAACUUGGCUGGGGAGAAAAGCUUCCCUCACCACAGGAGGAAAGGACGAACCGAGGAGGAGGAGUGAGGAGUAUUUGAAACAUUAACAACGGAAGGAAUAGAAAAGAGAAAGAAUUAUGUGAUCAAAAUUUGGAAUAGAAGAUAGAACAAGCUACAACAAUAAGAAGACCCAACAAAAAUAGGAUCUAAGUCACUGAAUAUAGAAAAUCAAGCCAUGACGGGGACUCUAAGUGCUGGGAACUCGUGUGAAUACUGCACAGAGGAAGUGAUAGAGAGAAAAGAGCUUGUAGUGGCAUCAGAGACCAGUAAGUAGAUGGUGAGGCCUGGGCAGGGCAGAGGAACAGGAUGGCUACAGCUGUGGGCCCUGAGAUUCUGAAAAGGACACAGGCAGAGCUAGGAAAAUUUAUCAAGAGGCCACCGCUUACUGAUAAACUCCUUAGUAAGCCUCCCUUCCGCUUCCUCCACGAUGUUGUCAAUGCGAUCAUCACAGAGACUGGCUUCCUGGCUGGUCUCUACACCGAUGAUGAACUCAGCUCUCAGAAUAUUAAGGAUAAAGAAGCUAAGGUAGAGUUCCUGCAGAAAUGUAUAGAUGCUACAGUCUUAGCCACGGGAGAGAACCUGUCAGUCCGUCCAAGCAAGAUAGUGGCAGGCCAUGAGGCAGACAAGACCAAUGAGUGGCUGCAGGCUCUUGGACGUGCUGUGGCCAAAAAUGUUGACUCCUCUGAAGCUGUCUCCCAAGUCCUCAGUGGAGUGCGGCCUCAAGCAAAGAAAGCAGAGAAGAAGGCAGAGAAAUCAAAAGAAAAGUCUGACAAAGAGAAGAAAGGGGGAACAGCCAGUAAUAAAGCUCAAAAAAAUAAUCCCAAUGACCCUAAACCAUCCCAGUCCCGCACCCCUUCCCGCACCCCUGCCCCCCGCACCCCCGCCCAGCCUUCCCCAGGCUCCAAAGGUCCUGGCAAAGCAAAACUUGCCGUGGAAGCAAAAACUGUACCCCUAAAUAAGUCUCCUGCAAAAGGCACAGCUGCUCCCAGAGGCUCAACUGUUAAGAGUUCAAAAAACAAGGAUGACAAGGACAAAACUGCUAAAAAAUCUAGAAGUAAGCCCAAGGAAGAAGAGAGCGGCACCAAAAGUAGCAAAGAUAAGGAUAAAGAUGGGAAGGAGAGAAAGCAGAAGAGUUCAUCUGAGAAGGGAAAGUCUGCUAAAUCCAGGCCAGCAAGUCGAGCACAACAAGUGAAGGAAUCUGGCAAGGAAAACUCCCCACCACAUGAAGUGAUUGGUGCUACAGAGAUCCUCACCAAUGGACAUGCUACUCCUGAGGAAAUGGUGUCCACUCCUAAGCAGGCCCCAUCAAGGCCUCCCAGCGCUAGACAUGAUGGUAAUGGUGGAGAGACAGUGGAAGUAGUGGAUGCAAUUGAUGAAGGAAUAGUAACUCAGGAGGCUCCCACUGAGGAGGCUCAGAUCCCCCAGGAGGAGGAAGAGAGACCUAUUUUGGCCCCACUGGCCCCUGAAGGCUCCCGGACAGCAGCUGAAGAAGGAUUAGAGACGUCAAAUGGUCCAUCAAUGCUGAUUGAUCCUGAGGUGGAGGGACAGCCUGAAGUUCUUGGGGGUGGUGGGGAGCAAGGUCAGGAGCAGCUUGUUACACCAAGUUCCCCCAACAACAACAACAUUGAUCCGGCUAUUCUAAAGGCCAUGAGUCCCCAUAAUGCUGACCAGCUUCAGGGAGUGGACGUGCCACGUCCAGAACCUCCAGACUCAGGUGUUGGGUCUCUGGAGUCACCCAAACAUGCAGCCAAGGAACAGGAAGGUCCACCCACUGCCCCAACACCCCGGCCAGGCCCACAGCCCCUCAGAGCACUGGAACCAUUCAAGGAAGGAACAAACAUGACCACUGAACCAGUGAUGCCAGAAACAGAAACACCUGGGAAUCAGUCAAAGGGAGAGCUACCUGUCAAGGAAGGUGCCAUAAGGCCACGCACUGGCCGUCGCUCGGCCCGCCCUCCCAGUGCCCGACCGGCCCCACCACGUGUGAGGGAACGGCGGGAGGUGCCAAAGGAGGAGAUCCAGCGGCCAGGUACUGCCAAACCUGUGGCCAAUGUGAUUCUACCCACCAGCUCAAAUGAUGGUGAUGAUGAUGAUGAUGACAACUUUGUGGUUGAGGAGUCCAAACCGGCAGUAGCAGUGGAGGAUGAUGUAUUGCCUCUAGCUGCAGCAGCGGCCAGUGGUGCUGCAGCAGCUGCUGCUGCUGCAGGUGAGAAUGGACAGGGUGCUGGUCUUCUUGUGGCUCAGAUCUUGGAGACCAAAAAGGAGAUGGAGGAUGGCAGACGUAAUGCCUUUUCUCCUGAAACACCUGGACAUAGGAGAGUCCCCAUUGAACAGUCCCUCUUGAGUGAUGCUAACCGAAAGAAAGAAAGAGAACUGAUCCAGAAAGAUGUACAAAAGUUAAGUGCAUCCAUUCAGUCCAUCACUAGAUCUGUCAACCCUUUAGCCAAAAUGUUAGAUUAUCUACAAGAAGAUCUGGACUCCAUGCAGAAGGAACUUGAGUCUUGGCAGAGUGAAAACAAGACCCUUGCUCAGACCCUCAAGCAGGAGCAGAGUUCCACAGAGCAGGCACUGGAGCCCCUUGGCUACCAACUUAUGGAGCUUGAGACAGCUGUACAAGAGCAACGUGAUAAACUGUCAGCCGUUAAAUCAAACAUACUGAGGAACAAUGAAAAGAUUUCUCGCCUGAUGAGUGGUAUAAAUCUAAAUAUAUGAAUAUGAAUAUAUAUA